UCCGAGGGUUAUUAUAACAUACACGGUUAUGAUCCUGCGUGAACAGUGGUGCCGAGAAGAAAAGUAAUAAUUGAAAAGAAAACAGUUUUUACAACAGUUUAUACUUGAAGUUUAUACCUACUCUCUUCUUAAUAUGUCUGCAUGAUAAUGUUGCUAUAGUAACGCAUUGACGUUCAAUGGCUUGGAUAAACAUGUUAUUUAGAAUACAAAACAGUAAACUUAAGAAAUUGAAUACGACACAGAAACGUGACUAUUUAUAUUAAACCCCAGAGUAAUGGCUUUGUUACCUGAUCUAGAUAUCAAAUCAAUUUUCGAUGUCGUAGAGGAAAACUUUCAAAGUCUUGGAUUGGCAACGUACGCCAUUCGUAUGAUAUACAUUGGUGAACAUACUCUACCUAAAGAGGAAAUGAUUCAACACUUUCAAAAGACUGUGCAUGGUGUCAACGCCGGUUACUGUGAAAUAAAUGUUUAUGGAUUUUUACUAGUGUAUGACAGUUAUUUCGUGCAUAUUAUUGAGGGUUCUGAAGACACCGUACACAGACAAUUGAGAUUUCUCUUCCAACUAGAGGUGAAUUGGAUUAAGGAAAUGAAAAGAUUAGAUGAAGAAGCAGCAUCGAGAGCUGCCGCGGAGGCGGAGGAGGAGGGACGCACCCCUGAACCGCCGAAGCCUAUCCAAGAACGGAAAAUGUUUAAGCGGCUUAAACUUUUGAUGGUUUACCAUUCUAUACAAACGAUGUUGUUCGAUAGUUGGCGCGCAGUUACAGCACGACCCCCAUCUUUAGUAGGCAAAUUGGACAUUCACGGACCAUUUUCGGAACACAUAGAACAGCUAAGCAUUUGCCUCGAUAAAAUCACUAAGCUGUGUAAUCUCGCAAAAUUAGAUGAAAUGCUAUCGUUCGAGGGAUUAAGCGCGGUGGAUCCCAAAAUCGAAGCACUACCAGAAGUAGCGUUGCUGGACUUUCUCAUUCAGUCGCAACACAUUCUAGAUCUUCGGCAAGCUGCAUACAUGCACAGACGAGUUGACGAUUACAUAUUUUAUUUUGAAAGUGUGUGGCCUCUUCCCACACAUUUUACACCAAAAUUAUUAUAUAAGCUGAAGAUUGACGAUUCAUUUGUGGAACCCCUGCCUGUGAUGCCGUGGGAAGUGAAGAAAGAAAAGGCCGAAGACGAGGAGAAAGAAGAACAGCAGAGCGGGAGUUCUUCUAGUGAUUAGUGCAUUUGUGGCGUAUAAUAUUGUACUCUAUCAACUUUGUGAAGGGAUUAUAAGUCCUUAUGUUAUUGUUAUGGUAGACAGAAUAUUAAACAUUUUUAAGGUGACCAUAUUAAACUGCAGCUGUGGUCGCUGUAACGAAAGCUAGUCACUUUUUUUAACAGUUAUGUUGAUUGUUGGGUAUAUAUACAAAUCUAUAAUGUAUACUCGUAUCAUGUCUAUCAAUAAUAAAUGCACUCACUCGUU